GUGCUAGAAGAUUACCCGCUGAUGCCGCUCACUGUGUUGGAAAAACGGCUUUCUUCUGGAACUCCCUUAUGUUUUUCUCCUACUGUAGAAGAAAAUGACUGCGAAGUGAAUUUACCUCUGUCAGAAGACACAAUCUACCACCAAGAUGAAGAAGUUGCCGGCGAGCGACUGCCGUCGAAACAAAGUAAAUCUAACCACAAUGUCAUAUCUUCUUCCGCUGAGGUUGGAAAGGACCACGCUAAGCAAGUUUCUAAAGUCGUUCAGGUGUCACUUCUCGACAGCACGGAUUCGAAACCACUGGACAACGGAAAUCAGCGCCCGGCGUACGACGUACUGGUGAAACUGGAUGAAACAUACAACGGUCUAGAACAGCUGUUUGCAUCGUCGUCCCCUCUUAUUGGCACCCCCAAUCGACACUCACCGGCUAAAAUUUUUAAAAAUAUCAUCCCCAAAAUGGAGGAUACCUCCAAUGAUAUAUAUGAUUCAGCGAUCAGGUCGAAUCAGUGGGUGACGGCUCCAUGUUUUUUGAGGGAAACUGUUGAAGAGAGUGAGGAGAAAACGGAUACGCUCAACGAGAGUACUUCUGAAAGUAUUGAAACAAUCGACCUGGUUUCUGACAGCGAUACGACUGAAACGGAAUUGGAAAAAGAACAGGAAAUCAGCGAAAGCUCUCCUGCUGUUGAAGUGGAUACUGCAACAAGCUUGGCCGAAACCUCGAACACUUUACCGUCGUCGAGAACACAAACGAGUUACAAGAAUGGCGAUACUGAAUCCGACAUCGUUUUCUGCGUCACUCAGCUGAUAGAUAUGGUGAUAAUGAACAUAAGCGACGACAACGAAAUGUUCGAAAAUGAAGAAGCUGAUGUAGUUGAGAAAACGGCUGCGAACGAGGCCUUUUAUUCAGAGACCGUUGCUUCGUUAAAAUCAGUCAUUAGCCCAAACGCUGAAGAACACCAUAGCGACGAGACAGCCGAAGUAAAAUUCAAACGCUACGACAAAAAAUUCACAUCUCGAAAACGUUUUACCCACUGUGGAGAUGGCCAGCUCGUCAUCAUCGAUGCAGAUGUUGCGGCGUCCGAGCAUUAA